CCCCGCCCCCUCCGACGUCACCGGGCUCUGCAACCGCCGGGGCGGCGCGCGCCGCUGCUGCAGUCGCUGCGGGGAGUGCGGGGAGGAGAUGGCGUCCGCUACCGACUCCCGCUAUGGGCAGAAGGAAUCCUCGGACCAGAACUUCGAUUACAUGUUCAAGAUCCUCAUCAUCGGUAACAGCAGCGUGGGGAAGACCUCGUUCCUGUUCCGGUACGCCGACGACUCCUUCACGCCCGCCUUCGUCAGCACCGUCGGCAUCGACUUCAAGGUCAAAACCAUUUACCGGAACGACAAACGCAUCAAGCUGCAGAUCUGGGACACAGCCGGGCAGGAGCGGUACCGCACCAUCACCACCGCGUAUUACCGCGGGGCCAUGGGCUUCAUCCUGAUGUACGACAUCACCAACGAGGAGUCCUUCAACGCCGUGCAGGACUGGUCGACCCAGAUCAAGACGUACUCAUGGGACAACGCGCAGGUGCUGCUGGUGGGGAACAAGUGUGACAUGGAGGACGAGCGCGUGGUGUCGGCGGAGAAGGGCCGGCAGCUUGCCGAGCACCUGGGCUUCGAGUUCUUCGAGGCCAGCGCCAAGGACAACAUCAACGUCAAGCAGACCUUCGAGCGGUUGGUGGACAUCAUCUGCGAGAAGAUGUCGGAGUCGCUGGACGCAGCCGACCCCGCCGUCACCGGCGCCAAGCAGGGCCCGCAGCUGUCGGACCAGCAGGCCCCCCCGCACCAGGACUGCGCCUGCUAGGGCCCCCCGGUGCGGCCCCCCCUCGCCUCCCCCUAUUUUCCCCAGGGGGGGCUUUUGCUGCUGAUACCUCGCAGGUUCCCAAAGGGCCGCGGUCCCUUUCAGAGCCUGCCCUGCUCCCCCCAUCAAUUAGGCUGUGCCCCCCCCAU